CACUGUUCGGAAGGAUAUAAAUAAGUGAGCAUUGACCAUCCCCUCAGAAUCUUACUUUGGAAGAGCUGAGUUCUUCGGAUUUAUUUCUGUUCAAGGUUCUGAAUUUGGUUAUUCCCACAAUUCUUGUACAAUGUAUUUGAAAGAAGGUUGCUCUUUAUUGCUGAAGAUUCAGAAACCCCUGAUGCCCUUCGUACUAAAUUCAAGCCCCAUCAUCAAUCCCCGUGAGCCCAAUAAACAACACCUUCUGCAAGAAUCCGAUGUGCUCAAACAAUUGAAAAGGGAACGCAAUCUUUCAUCGGCAUUACAAUACUUCUGCGCUGUAGCCAACUCAAACGCUUUCAAACACACCGCAUCCACGUAUAAGCUCAUGAUUGAGAAGCUCGGCCGUGAAUGUGAAAUGGAUGUGGUGCAAUACAUUUUACAGCAAAUGAAGAUGGAUGGCGUAAAUUGCUGCGAAGAUUUGUUUGUAAGUAUAAUAAAUAGUCACAAACGCGCAGGCUCCGCCGAGCAAGCGCUAAAGAUGCUCUAUCGGAUUGGAGAGUUCGGGUGCAAGCCGACGGUGAAGAUUUACAAUCAUCUUUUGGAUGCGUUGCUGACUGAAAACAGGUUUCAGAUGAUCAAUCCCUUGUAUAUUAAUAUGAAGAAAGACGGAUUAAUUCCUAAUGUCUUUACAUAUAAUAUACUCUUGAAGGCGCUUUGUAAGAAUGAUCGGGUUGAUGCUGCACACAAGCUGUUUGUUGAAAUGUCUAGUAAGGGCUGCCCACCCGACGCGGUUAGCUAUACGACUAUGGUGUCUUCACUUUGUAAAGCGGGUAAGAUCGACGAUGCUAGAGAGCUAGCGGGAAGAUUUAAACCAAGUGUUCCUGUUUAUAAUGCUUUGAUUCAUGGGACGUGCAAAGAAGGAAGAGUUGAGGUAGCGAUCAAGUUGUUAGGUGAAAUGAUGGAAAAUGGAGUUGACCCUAAUGUGAUCUCAUAUUCGUGUAUUAUAAAUUCUCUUUGCGAGUCGGGAAAUGUUGAGUCGGCUUUUGCAUUAUUGGCUCAAAUGUUUUCUAGAGGUUGUAGUGCCAAUAUCCAAACCUUUACGCCAUUGAUCAGGGGUUGUUUCAUGAGAGGGAGAUUCUAUGAAGCUCUUGAAUUGUGGAAGCUUAUGAUAAAGGAUGGUUAUGAGCCAAAUGUAGUCGCUUACAACACUCUUAUUCAUGGUCUUUGCAAUAGUGGGAGUUUGGUAGAAGCCUUACAAGUAUGUGAUCAAUUGGAGAGGAGUGGUUGUCUCUCUAAUGUGAUUACUUACAGCAUUCUAAUUGAUGGUUUUGCAAAAGCUGGUGAUUUGGUUGGUGCAUCUGAGACAUGGAAUAGGAUGAUAUCCCAUGGUUGUUGUCCUAAUGUGGUGGCCUAUACCUGCAUGGUGGAUGUCCUUUGUAAAAAUUGGAUGUUUGACCAAGCCAAUUCUAUUAUGGAGAAGAUGACUCUUGAGGGCUGUACUCCAAAUACUGUAACAUUUAACACGUUCAUCAAAGGUUUGUGUAGAAAUGGAAGAGUAGAAUGGGCAAUGAAAGUGCUUGAUCGAAUGCAAGGACAUGGGUGUCUCCCUAAUAUCACAACUUACAAUGAGUUACUUGAUGCUCUAUUCAGGACGAACAAGUACGCAGAGGCUUUCGGGCUUUUCCAGGAGAUUGAAAAGGGAAAUUUACAGCCAAACUUAGUGACUUAUAAUACCAUUUUAUAUGGUUUUUCUCGAGCUGGCAUGCUUGGAGAGGCGCUGCAACUUUUUUGUAAAGUACUUGUGGGUGGCACUACCCCGGAUGCCAUCACAUAUAAUACAAUGAUACAUGCCUAUUGCAAGCAGGGGAAGGUUAAGACUGCAGUUCAGCUGGUGGAACGAGUUAGAACUAUGAAGGAGUGGCAUCCAGAUAUCAUCACAUACACUAUCCUCAUAUGGGGUGCCUGCAAUUGGAUAAAUAUAGAAGAAGCCAUUACUUAUCUUCACAAGGCAAUGAAUCAAGGAAUCUGCCCCAACUUUGCCACAUGGAAUGUAUUGGUUUGGUGUUUCUUUGACUCUUUAGGUCAUAUGGGUCCAAUUCACAUUUUGGACGAUAUUCUGGGAAAGCGAGUUCUUAAGGAUGCUUGGGCAGGUUAUGCUCUUCUUGGCUUACUCUUUAAAUUGACUAGCGGGGAAUCAAAUUCUAUGGCAUAUGCCCAAUUGGAGCAACAUGCCAAUGUUGAGUUUUUCUGGCACCUUUUUGUUAUCAUGGAUGGUAUCUUCUCGCCCGUGUGAUGUUUAUUGCAAAAUGAAUCAACAAGGGAAUCCACCUUUUGUUCAUUGUAUGGUUAAAUGGUUUCCACUACAUUCAUUUUAACGUGAUUUGUAGUAAUUAUGGAAGAAUCUCAACAGUCCGCUGAGACGUAAAUCUUGAUUAUUAUUGGAAAAUUCCCUAGGAACACGAUCAUUACCCCCACCAUACACAAUCUUGAGAAUCUUCUCGGUUUGUUCUUACGUAUGAGAGUGAGUACUGUGUUAGGAAUCACGACUCUCCACAAUGGUAUGAUAUUGUCCACUUUGAGCAUAAGCUC